UUUCCCUCCAUGGUUUCUCCUCUCCUUAACUUGGCGUGUGGCUCACACUUCAUUAUACAGUCCCAUAGUCUCCCUCCAUUAGGGCAUCUCUCUGCCUUUUGGACGGAAUAAAUAUUCCAGUGAAACCCAGGAGAAAAAACUUUUAAAGGGGAAGAUGGAUAUGAAAAAGAGGAUCCACCUAGAACUGAGAAACAGGACGCCGUCAGAUGUACGAGAACUGGUCCUGGACAAUUGCAGGUCGAACGAAGGCAAAAUUGAAGGCCUAACAGCAGAGUUUGUGAACCUUGAAUUCCUCAGCUUAAUAAAUGUUGGCUUAAUCUCUGUUUCAAACCUCCCAAAACUCUCCAAAUUGAAAAAGCUGGAACUCAGUGACAACAGAAUUUCGGGUGCCCUUGAUGUGUUAGCAGAGAAACUCCCAAACCUUACACAUCUAAACCUCAGUGGAAACAAACUGAAAGACAUCAGCACGUUGGAACCCUUGAAAAAGUUGGACAACCUGAAGAGUCUGGACCUGUUUAACUGUGAAGUGACGAACUUGAAUGACUACCGGGAGAGUGUCUUCAAGCUCCUGCCCCAGCUCACGUACUUGGACGGGUACGACCUGGAGGACAAAGAGGCCUCGGACUCGGACGGGGAGGUCGAUGGCGUGGACGAGGAUGACGACGAAGAAGGCGAGGAGGACGAGGAUGAGGAUGGAGAGGAUUUUGAUGAAGAGGAUGACGAUGAUGAUGAAGACGAAGAGGAAGUAGAAGGGGAGGAGGAUGAUGAGGAAGUCAGUGGGGAAGAGGAGGAGGAAGAUGGACAGGAUGGAGAGGUUGAUGACGAAGAUGACGAAGAGGAGGCAGAUGAAGGUGAGGAGGGCGGUAAAGGUGAGAAGAGAAAGAGAGAGGCUGAGGAUGAAGACGAUGAUGAAGAUGACGAGGAGGAUGAUUAAGGAAGCCAACCAACUCCCCUGCCACCCUCCUGUAUUUCCACUCACUCCAGCCCAAAGAUGUCCCUAGAAAGACUGGUUAGUAUUGGUUGAGCUGACCUGUGGCUUUGUGACACUGGAGCAUGUGCCAAGCACCAUACUACAGAUGUGACACACCAGCCCCAGGCCUGCCGCCUCAGAAAGGAGUUUUAAGAGCUGCGUUCCUUUCAACAUUUCACAUUUCUACCAUCAGUCCCGAAUGCAAACCCCCAAGAGGACUUUGGGUAUAUUCAGUAUGGGUCGGUGCUUUUAAUAUUGUGUUGGGGGCUCUUAGGCUUGCUUUUGUUUUGGGUUUUUUGUUUUUUUCUCUGUCUUCUCUUUUUUCCUAGUAAGACUAUUGCUGUAGCAGCCACAAGAACAGAGGCUGUGAUUGAGUCAUGAUUUAAAAUGGCUACCUUUUUCAACAAAAAAGGUUGUAGCAAAAUUUUUACUUGAUGUAAGUCAAAAAAAAAAAAAGCUUUGUAAAUAAAAUCUUAACAUUU